GCAAAUAAGCCAAUGGAUACUUUUUUAAAGGAAGUAUACUGAAAGUGAAAAAAACAUAAAUAGGAAGUUACGAGCAUUUCACAUGUACAAGAGAAAGCUACCCGUUGGAUGUAAAUUGGAGGAAAAGUAAGAAAGAGAGAAACCAAAUUUGAAAUGGAUUGUAUUCUAGGCAGCUGCUUAAAAUCAGACAGCAUCUGAAGAAGUAAACCCAUGACUUCCUCUUCUCUCUCAUGACUCAAACAGUUGUGCUGUUGCUGUAUAGGACAGGGCUUUCUGCUGAUGGAGCCUGCAAACUAAAUGCUACCUUUUGAUUGUAUAACAAGGAAAAUAUUUCAGAAGACACCACAUUCUCCCUGUCAGCAACAUAAUCUCCCAAUGCAGGAAAAUCCAAGUGUUCUGCUGAUUACAGCUGAUUAAGGAAGAAAAUACAGCCCCAAUGGAUCCUGGGUACAGCCCUUCUGGAAACGGCAGCAACUGCAGCACUGAUAAAAGCAUGAAUCAAGUUCUCUUUCCCUUGUUGUACACGUUUAUUUUUGUUGUGGGAAUAAUUAUGAAUGGAUUAGCUAUGGGAGUCUUUUUCCAGAUUGCCAACAAAUCUAAUUUUAUCAUCUUUCUCAAGAACACGGUGAUUGCUGACAUCCUCAUGAUCCUAACUUUUCCAUUCAAAAUACUCAGUGAUGCAAAACUGGUGUCCUGGGAAUUGAGAGGAUUCGUCUGCAAAGUAACUCAAGUCAUAUUUUACUUCACCAUGUACAUCAGCAUUAUCUUCUUGGGCCUCAUAACUAUUGAUCGCUAUUUGAAAACUGCCAGACCCUUCAAACCAGUCAGCUCCGACAAUACAUUGGUAUCUAAAAUCCUAUCUGCACUUAUCUGGAUAUUCAUGUUUUGUCUGUCCCUUCCUAACAUGAUUUUGACAGACAAGAAACCGACGCAAGAGAAUGUGAAGAAAUGUGCAGACCUGAAAUCUGAUUUUGGUUUAGUAUGGCAUGAACUUGUUAACUAUGUUUGCCAGUUUAUUUUCUGGGCUAACUUUGCCAUUAUAGUCGUCUGCUACACACUCAUAACACAGGAGCUAUACAAAUCCUACAAAAGAACAAGAAGCAAAGGAAGCACAAACAAAAAGACUGUAAACGUGAAAGUAUUCAUAAUUAUUGGCGUGUUCUUCAUUUGCUUUGUGCCUUUCCAUUUUGCCAGGAUUCCUUACACCUUGAGCCAAACAAGAGAUGUUUUCAAGUGUUCAACCCAGAACACAUUGUUUUAUAUAAAGGAGAGCACUUUAUGGCUGACAUCCCUAAAUGCAUGUUUAGAUCCAUUCAUAUAUUUUGCCCUGUGCAGAUCCUUCAGAAGAUCUCUCCUAAACAUAUAUCAUAAAUAUGUAAUCAAAAAAGAGAGAGAUCACAGUACGGAAGCAACUGAGGAGCAGACACCACUGUAGUCCAUCAUGAAAAGCACAUUAUACAGCCAAAGCAUUUUGCAUCCUCUUUAGUGCAUGCAUUUCUUCUAAUGCAAUGGUGUUUCUUGCUUCGAGGGAGAUUAAUCAUCCUAUAUAGUCCAUGAUAAUAAUUGCACAGUGAAUAGAAAUAUUCACACAUACCUGCCACUGCCACAUUUUUUUAGUCUGAUGGCAACAGUGAACUAUACUGACAAUUUUCAGGGAUAUAGAUAAACCCUUCUGAAAAAAACUGAAUAGGCAAGCAAAGCACUUAAAAUAACAACACCCAAACACUUAAAUAUAUUCAUUUUUAGCUAGGUUACAAAUAUAUAAAGGCAAUAAGAAGUGUAAUUUCUGUGAAAUAAUGGACAUCACUGACACUUAUAUCCAGAAGAAGACGGUUCAGCUGAACACAUUUCAAACAAGGAAUUUAAUAAUGUUUUAGUUGGCAAACACUUACAGGUGGCUUCAAAUCUAAUGUACAGGUUUGGGUUUCAAUCAGCUGUCCACCGAGGGCUUGGAAUUAAUAAAUUAGAAACAACACAGUUAUCCAUAACUAAUCAAUUGGGGGUACAAUGAGGAUGUAAUACAUUUAUAUUGCAAAAGUAAUAAAAUGGACAGUAGUGAAGUUACUUUAUUUGUUUAAUAGUUUCCAGUUUCUUUUAAUAAUUCAUUUCAAAGGGCAUCAGAGGUAUAUUGCUUGACAUCAAUUAGUUUCUCAUACAGGUAAUGGAAAGUAAGAGAAAAGCAAUAGACGAUGGAACAAGUGAUGUCAGAAAUAAAAUUUUUAACACUGUAAUGAAUACGAGUUAAUUUUCAUACAGUGUAAAUGAAUUACUUUAAAAAAAAUCAACUUUUUAAACUCCUGGCCAACCAUGAAGAAGUGUUAAAUAAAAAAACAGCAUAGGAAUGAAGUGUUUGCUUAUCUAAUCCUGGAGCACUGAAAUGAAAUUUCUUCAAAUAGGCUCUGAGAUCAAAACACAUUUGGACUUUGUUUCAUCUGCUUAGAAUUCUUAUGGUACUGAUAUCUUGGGUACUUAACUUAUUCUUAAACUGUUACAAGAUCAUUCACAGUUAUUUACUAUUAUAACUGAACCUGCCUCCAAAGAGAUUUGGUUAUACGGAUCUAGCAACUAUAAUGUACAGAAAGUAUACAGAAUAUAUUUCCUUUGUAUAAAUUGCACCAUCAAUUCUACCCUUGUUGCAUAUUUGUAUAUAAUCAACAACGUGUAAAUAAAGUAGACUUUGUGUUGUUGAAGGCUUUCAUGGCUGGGAUCACAGGGUUGUUGUAUGUUUUCCGGGCUGUAUGGCCAUGUUUCAGAAGGAGAGAACGUCAGGAGAGAAUACUCCUGGAACAUGGUCAUACAGCCCGGAAAACAUACAACAACCCAAAGUAGACUUUGUGAUUUUGUCAAAGUGUUUAAACUAUCAGAAAUGGACAUUUGGGAAAUAAAUACUAUCUUGUAAAAAAGUACAAUUUCCUUUUUUCCUUUUUAUUUUUAUAUAACAUUUUGUUGUCUCAUGCUGAAGUGAUAAAAACACAUUAGAUGUUUAUAGUGUGUAUGCACUUCUCAGAAGCAGUCCAGCAAGUAAUAAGGAAACAGAUACAAUCAAUCAAGCUUUAUUAUGGUCUAAAGACCCCAUUUGUUUAGUGGU